GUCAAGAGCACCAAUGCCUACCUACCAUGUAGGUAGCCAACCAUAACCAAGCUAGAGACUCGUAGGUAGUAAAAUUUCCAUGGACCAAGUCAAGUUGUAUCUACCAACUCAGAAAAUUUCCCAUCAUUGCUGUAAUACACCACCUGUCAUGUUGCUGCCGGAUUCGCUGAAGGGUCACAGCCUAUCAACUAGCCGCUUUCCAAACACCUACCUACCCCCACCAUGUGAAGUGCUGUCUUGAUCUGACCUCUGCCCAGGACAUCUCCCAUCACUCUAGCAAACACCAAGGCAGACCGAUCAUCACCACUCAACGAGCGAGAUUUGGCUGCGGCUGUGACAGUGUUUUAUGCAUUAUUGAAGAUGCCACCAAAGAAGCCUUCCAAUAAGAGAAGCUGGCAGGCCAUCGCCAGUGAAGCCCAAGCUCAUCGUGACUCGACCAUUGCUGAGCUUUCUCCAUCUGUACCGGGCCUCCCAGAAAAACUUCCAAAAGAUGUGACUUCAUUGCCAAAAAGAUUACUGGACGAGACCACAAUCUCCAUAACCGACUUGCCUCCUGACAGGCUACUGGACUCCCUUGCAUCGGGACACCUCUCUGCUGUAACUGUGACCAAGGCUUAUCUUCAGCGCGCAGCCGUGUCACAGGGAUUGGUGAACUGCCUUACGGAACUGCUUCCUAGAUUGGCCUUGCAACGAGCAGGAGAGCUCGACGUCUAUCUCAAGGAACAUGGCAAGCCGAUCGGGCCGCUACAUGGCCUCCCUAUCAGCGUGAAGGAGCAUAUUGGUUUCAAAGGCUUGAGAUGCUCCACAGGAUACAUUGGUCUCUGGGACAAUAUCGCUAAGGAGGAUGCCCAUAUUUUGCAGCUGUUGAACGCUGCUGGCGCGGUGUUUCAUUGCCGAACGACAAUCCCACAGACCAUGAUGCACUUAGAAACAGAUUCGAACCUUUAUGGAGUCACGGUCAAUCCGUACAAUGUUAAUCUCACUUCAGGCGGCUCGUCAGGAGGCGAAGGUGCACUCGUUGCACUUCACGGGUCAUGUCUUGGCAUAGGCAGCGAUGUGGGCGGUAGUAUUCGCAGUCCCGCUGCCAACUGUGGGAUAUAUGGGUUUAAGCCCACAGCUUUCCGAAUCCCCACGGACGGAUGGGGAUAUAUGAUGGCAGGCGCUGAUACCGUGGAGUCUGUUCUAGGACCCUUGUCUACUACGGUGUCUGGUCUGCACCUUUUCAUGAAGACCAUCAUCGAUGCAGAACCCUGGCGAACAGAGCCUGCGUUGAUACCGCUACCGUGGAGGGAAAUUAUUCUCACAGAAAAGCUCAAGAUUGGAGUUUUGUGGCAUGACGAUGUGGUCAAACCUCACCCACCAAUCACUCGUGCACUGCGUCAGGUGGCAGACCGGCUCCGAGGGAUUAACGUCGAAGUGGUCGACUUCCCAGCUCGGUUACACGAUGAGGCAUGGGCCAUAUUGGCGUCUCUGUACUAUACUGACGGAGGUGAGUAUGAUACUGAAACCAUCGAUUCUGCCGGUGAACCCUGGCGACCGCUCUCUACUUGGAUGCUUAAGGAGAAUCCAUGUGUUCAGAAGCUUACAGUUGGCGAACUAACCUAUUGGCUCGAGGAGCGUGAGGCUUAUCGCAAGGAAUACGCCAUCCAUUGGAACAACCUUGAUGUCGAUGCCAUUCUCUGUCCAGUUGGGCCUGGAGUAGCACCAAAGCAUAACACCGCCAAAUAUUGGUGGUAUACCAGCCAAUGGAAUCUUCUUGAUUAUCCAGGCGCUGUAUUUCCGGUGACCAAGGUAAACAAGGAGAUCGAUAAACCUGAAGGGAGAGGGAAGUUCCUCAGUGACCUUGACGAGGCUAAUUCAAAGCUGUAUGAUCCUCAGGAAUUCCAUGGGUUGCCAAUUAGCUUGCAGCUGGUUGGAAGACGGUUCGAGGAUGAAAAGGUUCUAAAGAUUCUCGAGUACAUCACUCAUAGAAUCAGUUUACCGUGUUGAAAGUCUGCUGGGUUCCGUGAAAGUAGUUCUCAUCGUAGGAGGACUGUCUCAUCACGGUCUCCCGAUUGGGAGAAGCUCCUUGGCAUACUUUCCACUCCUACCCAUUGCAGAGUCAACGGCUACCUAGACAUCCCUUCACCAUGUCCCGUAUCUGCCAUUAUAUUACAAGUAUAAUUCGCCAUAACCUCUCAGCCAUUGACCUCUGAUGUGUGGACAA